UGACAUCUGACGUCACAAGGAAGUGAAGUUCUCUUCGCCGAAGGCUCGCUCUUUUCCAAGAAAAAAGUGGGAUUAACUGCAUAAACAUCAGCUCAGUGAAGGGCAAAUAAAGGUUCGACAGGCCUGUUGACAGCAUACGUGUAACGUGGGGUAGCUCAGGGAGGCACGACACAGUACGGAAACCUUUUCUACCCACAACACGACCAGCGGACAGCGACUGACUACACUUACCAGCCAUGGGCUCUAAGAGAGUGGCCAUUAUAGGAGCCGGGGUGAGCGGACUCACUUCGAUCAAGGCUUGUCUGGAGGAGGGGCUUCAGCCGGUCUGCUUCGAGCAACAUGACGAUCUCGGCGGCGUGUGGUACUACUCUGACGAUGUCAGACCCAACCAGGGCGCCGCCAUGUACCGGUCUCUCAUCACAAACUCCAGUAAAGAAAUGAUGUCGUUCAGCGACUUCCCCUUCCCUAAGGACACGCCCCCCUACCUGCCGUACCACCGCGUGUACACAUAUCUACAGGACUACGCUCAGCACUUCAGCCUCAAGAAACACAUCCGAUUCGGUACACAGGUUAGCCGCAUACAGAAGACAGAAGACUUUGAUGAGACAGGACGGUGGGAGGUCCGUACUGUACAGACGGGUCACGGCGAUGGGGAACAAACAGAGAUCUUUGACGCUGUAAUGGUGUGUAACGGCGUGUUCGCCCGGCCCUACGUUCCCGACGUGCCUGGUCUGUCGGACUUCGCAGGUGUCACCAUGCACAGUCAGGAGUACCGGACUGCCCAACAGUUCACCGGGAAGAAAGUGGUUGUUGUAGGGGCGGGAAACUCUGCAGGCGACGUGGCGGCGGAGAUCGCUCAGGUGGCGUCACAGGUGUACCUGAGCCUGAGGGACGGUGCCUGGGUUCUCCCCCGCCUGGCUCAGGCCGGGAUGCCGCGGGACAUGAUGCUGCGCCGGGUCCUGAUGAACAUGCCCGAGUUCAUCGUCAACAAAAUCAUCAAGGGCGAGGCGAACGCCAGAGUGUGUCAUGACAACUACGGGCUGACGUGUCCAGCUGAACCACUCAAACAUUCCGUCAUGGCCAAUGACGAAAUAGGUUACAGAUUUGCCACUGGGCAGGUCGUGACGAAGCCCCAGCUGUCCCGGUUCACCCAGCACGCUGCUCGGUUCGCGGACGGCAGUACAGUGGACGGACUGGACGCCGUGGUAUUCGCUACGGGCUUCAACCUGGCGUUUAAGUUCAGUGACGAGUCCCUCCUUCCUAGUAAAGCGGAUGACGUGAACUUGUACAAGUUGGUGUUCCCUGCGGAGCUGACAAAACCCACCCUGUCCGUGAUCGGCUGCCUGUCUACCAUCGGGGCACAUCCUCCUAUCUACGAACUGCAGGCUCGCUGGGCCGUCAGGGUGUUCCUGGGUCUGAAUAAACUUCCCGAUAAGGAGACCAUGCUGAAUCGGAUCCGCUCCGACAAACUGGAGCUGAAGCAGCGGUUCGGCCACGUCAAGCUUCAGAUGCUGAACGUGCCGUACCGGGAUGACAUUGCCGAAGAGAUCGGAGUGAAACCAUCGUUUUGGCGGCUCCUUCCUCGGGACCCAAAACUAGCUUUCCUCUGCUACUUCGGCCCCGCUUUCUCUGUCCAGUACCGCCUGCUGGGGCCACAUCCCUGGUCAGGUGCAGCUGACCACGCCAAGUCAGCCCUGGCUAACACCCUGUACCCCUUCAGGUCACCUGCACUGGACAAGGAACAGCCGUUCCUCUCAUUGGCCAAGAUUAUGAAGUUUGUCUUGUUGUUGGGGGUGCUGGUGGUGGUGUUCAAUCGUUUUAUGUAAUAUGAAUUCAACCAAGGAUCUCAAAUAUCUUACGGGGUGGGGUGGGGUGAUGUAGCCUCUGCCAGGCUUCGGGAGGAGGCAAACUGCUCUCCCCAGCAGACCAACUCCCCUGCCAAUUGCUCUAUUUGGCCGAUUUCUACUCAGGCUGUCCAGCCGCCUCCCGAAGCCUGGUAGAGGCUAGGGGUGAUGUAUUUUGGGGUUCUUCAAUGCUUCAUUGAGAAUCCUUCACUGAUCAGAAUCAGCAGUCUUUCAAGCAAAUAAUGUCGCUGUCUUAAAUGGAGUUUCUGUAACAUAGUUAUGUGAUAUGUUGUUGCUUUACUUACUACGCUAUGCAAUAUAAAAUGUUGGUUCUUCAUCUUAUUUGCCAACUCUUUUACAAUUGGUCAAUUAGUCUGGUGUGUCUACCAAUACAAUGUAUAUACAGCUGGAAAUUAAACGUAGUAAUACACUUAACAAUGGAGCUCGUUUGAAUUUUACAGCAAAGCUAAGUGACUACAAAUGUAUGAUGUAACAUCAUAAUAUGUCAUGGAGGUCCCGGGAAGAAUAAGUACAUAGUCUCAAACGAUAGUGACAGUGACUGGCACUGCAGAAGUUUAACAUAGCAAAAGUUAAACUUCGUAAUAACGGUGGAUUAUAUUGAUAAUGGUUCCAUAAAAACUUUUCCUAAAAAGGUAUGGCAAACUGUUA